CUGUGGGCAUUUUCGUCAGUCCGUUACUAGUCCCAGAAGACCAAGCAGAACCCACCCAAAACUACUCGAUGACUUGAAGAGAGCGAAGGAGUCUGGAAAACCCUAAUACGGAUCCCGAUAAGAUUAAUGUUUCCGAUAUUUGGCAGCGUGAACAUCGAUUAUCUCCGGCCAAUAAGCAUGGCGAUGGCAUCAACAAUGCUGAGUCCAGAGGCGGAUAACUCGCCGUCGGCGUCAAAAGAGAAGGGCCCACAGCCGCAACAACAGUGGACGGAACAAGAGACGAAGGACUUGAUUGGUAUUCGGGCGGAGCUGGAGAAAGAUUUCACGGUUGCGAAAAGGAAAAAGGCGCUUUGGGAGAUUGUGAGUGCAAAGCUGAGAGAAAGAGGAUACCGUAGGACUCCUGACCAGUGCAAGUGUAAGUGGAAGAAUCUCAUCAAUCGUUACAAGGGCAAGGAGACAUCUGAUCCUGAGAAUGGUCUGCAUUGCCCAUUCUUUGAGGAACUGCAUGCAGUAUUUACUGAAAGAGCAAAGAACAUGCAGCCGUUGCUUUUUGAUUCUGAGGCAGGUUCUACCCGGGCAAAGAAACGGGUAAAGAGAAUGAGUGCGGACAGAUCCUUUGAUGAACUCUCAGAAGAUGAAGAUGAGGAUGAUGAUGGUAGUGGGGAGGAGAGGCUAGCUAGAAGCAAUUCCCAGAAGAGGAAGCGUGAAAGAUUUCAAAUGGAGAUGCCUUCAAGAGUAACCAGCACCUCAAAUCCUAAUAUUAUUGGUAUUCAGGAAAUGCUCAAGGAGUUCUUUCAGCAGCAACAACAGAUGGAGAUGCAGUGGAGGGAGAUGAUGGAAAAGCGUGCGAAUGAGCAACGGUUGUUUGAGCUGGAAUGGAGACAGUCAAUGGAGAAAAUUGAGAAAGAGAGAUUAAUGAUUGAGCUGGUUUGGAGGGAGAGGGAAGAACAGAGGCGGACAAGAGAAGAAAGCAGGGCUGAGAGGAGAGAUGCGCUGCUGACUACACUUCUGAACAAACUUAUACAUGAAAAUGAUAUCGAAGGUAUAUAGGUCACUGGGAUUUCUGUCAUUGAUCACUCCAUCACUUGCCAAUUUUGUGGUUAUUUAUUUUAAUUUUGGGUAAUCAAUGGAGAAAGUGGGAUCGUCGCUGUGUGAAAAAUGACAACACUAAAGAAACAUUUUUUAUGUGAAUUUUUGUUGUAAAAAAUGGAAAUCUAGAGAGUAUAUGAACAGGAAACACUUGUACAAUUGCUAUUAGUUUUGGCAUACAAGGUGAAGCUUUUUGGGUCAAA